AUGAAGUGCAACAGCAGCUUUUCCUGUGCUACACAAGUGAGUUCAUUUGGGAACUGCUGCAGAAACAGUUGCAAAACUGAGUUUUGUGGCAGUUUCCUUACUGUAAGAUCAGCAGAACCACUCAGGCUUGUGUCGUCAACAUUACCUGAGCUGCCUGACAUAGAUGGCACCUGUGUGCACAGCGGGACCCUGGUUCUCACACACCUGUGUGCACAGCGGGACCCUGGUUCCAGACACCUGUGUGCACAGCGGGACCCUGGUUCUCACACACCUGUGUGCACAGCGGGACCCUGGUUCCAGACACCUGUGUGCACAGCAGGACCCUGGUUCUCACACACCUGUGUGCACAGCGGGACCCUGGUUCUCACACACCUGUGUGCACAGCGGGACCCUGGUUCUCACACACCUGUGUGCACAGCAGGACCCUGGUUCUCACACCUGUGUGCACAGCGGGACCCUGGUUCUCACACACCUGUGUGCACAGCAGGACCCUGGUUCUCACACCUGUGUGCACAGCGGGACCCUGGUUCCCACACACCUGUGUGCACAGCAGGACCCUGGUUCUCACACACCUGUGUGCACAGCGGGACCCUGGUUCCAGACACCUGUGUGCACAGCAGGACCCUGGUUCUCACACACCUGUGUGCACAGCAGGACCCUGGUUCUCACACACCUGUGUGCACAGCGGGACCCUGGUUCCCACACACCUGUGUGCACAGCGGGACCCUGGUUCCAGACACCUGUGUGCACAGCAGGACCCUGGUUCUCACACACCUGUGUGCACAGUGGGACCCUGGUUCUCACACAAACCGUGUCCUGUGGCUGCAUUUAGCCAAAGGCAUUACCCACACGGUGCUCCCACAGUGUGUGAAAGCAAAGCCUAAGAGACUACUUGCAUUUAUUUAAAGUCUUAUUUCAGAUGCUACAGUUGAUUAAAAAUUGUGAGCUGGCUCAGAAGAUACUAAAACUGAAAUGUGGGGUAGCAGUUAGUUAAAAGAACAUUAUUUUUUUUAAAAGGAUAAAGUAAUUAUUUGCAGUCAAUAUGUGCCAUUAGGUGAACCUGUGGAAUUAGGAAUAAUCUUCCAACCAAAGUGGAUCGGGGCGAGUGACUGGUGCUUACAAAUUCAAGAACAGUGGUAAAUAUAUGUAUACCUAUCCCACUGUAUAUGAAUUGAGGUUACAGAAGAUUCUUUAUAUAGUUAGAGCUUAUUUAAAUUUUCAUAUUUCAUCUUUGAAAGAGUCUAAAAACCACAAUAUUUUCUGGUAUAAGAGUUUUGACAGUAUUAAUCUUAUUUUUAUAUUUUUCUUAAGUCAUAUCAUUCUAAUAUGUUAACUACUAGUAAAAUGGGUUAUUAGUUCUAACUACAUAAUUUUUCAAUGAAGAUAAAGCACAUUUUUUGGUUUUGGUUUUACAAACUAAGUACAUCUAUAUCUGAAGAUACCAAAAAAUAAAUACAUUAUAUAUAUAUAUAUAUAUAUAUACACACAUAUAUAAAUAAAAAGUAUACACAACACUAAAACUAUUGAACAUUUGGGUAUUUAAAACCCAUCCACCUUUUUUGUUUGUAUGGUGACGGGCUCUAUUUGCAGGCCCAGAUUGUUACCUUUUGUGCUGUUUGAGGAUGCCAAUGUUGCCUGUAUUUAUGAUAUUGUCACCAUGUUUUCUGAAACUUCAUACUUACCAUGUUUACAAAGAUUUGUUUGCUGUACAUAGACUUUUUACAGUAAUGUGCUUUGCACAAUCAGUGUGGCUUCUGUCUGUAAAUUGUUAAUGGUCUGUACUACUAUAAUUUUGAAAACCUUCCACUGAAAAUGUUAGUGGUUAUUUAACUUCAUGAAUGGUUUCGAGUUUCCUAAAUCUUGUUGUUUAGAUCUAAUAUUAAAUCCCAAAUUUGGUUGUACUUACUUGGUUAUUCAUACUAAGACCAAAAUGGAAGUUAAUGAAAUCAACUUAAUUUUGAACUUUUUUUCUAAUAAGUGCCAAAAUGAUUGCUAUAGUUUUUGCAGUUUAUUCAUAAUUACAAAUGCUGGCAAGUUUCUGGACCUACAUAAGUGAAUUGUGAAAACAAAGAAAGUUUGUCUGCAUUUUGACCACGUGGGUGCUACUCUGUCCUUUGCUUCCGAUUGUUCUGAACACUGGUAAUUUUAAGAAUUGUUGCACUUGGCAAAUGAGUCUUGCCCUUAAACUUCACUUACACUGCCAAGUGCAAGGGUUUGGUGCUUAGUUAACUUACCCUUAUUGCAGUGCUUCUUGUGAAUAGCUAACGCUUCUGAACUGGAACUGUACAGUUUGUAUUUUAAAGCUUCUGUAAAAGUAAACUAUUUGCUUUAUUAAAGAUAUACAUUUAAUAGGUCAUACCUGUUUAAAAUAUGCACCUUGCUGAAAAUGAGCAGCACCUUAAACUGUAACUUCGGUUUGUAAACAAAGAUCUUAUUACAUUAACAUGGGAUUAUUUAACAGUUUGAAAAUUGUCAACUGCCUACUUACUGACUCUAUCAUAUAAAAAUGAACUUUAUGCACA